AUGGACGCUCUCAAGUCAGGCCCCUGCUUUGGCAGUGUUGUUACGAGCCUCGAUGCUUGCGCGAUUAUUCAACAGGCUGUUGAACGGCGUGUGCCUCGCAUCCUUCAGCGCCCUACCAAAAGACAGCUAAAGUCCUGGCUCAAGAGCGGGGCAAUAUUCGUUUUCUCUCCCGGCGAGAGUGGUAUCAAGCGUUGGACUGACGGCUUGGCAUGGUCAGGCUCACGCGCUGUUGGCAACUUUCUGGUCUACCAUGAACUCGAGGGCUAUGACUCGAACAAUCAAGGCCGGCAGGCCGUUGGUAAUGACGAUCAAUCCCCCAAGGAAAACUUGAAACUUGGUGGCCUCAUUAAGAAGGUCUUUGCAAUAAAUGUUGAAGAAGUGGAGUACCGAGUAGUCUCAUACUACACUGUUUCAGACCGUCUGGGAGGGCCCUUGAGCACACCUUACUAUUCUACUAUGAGCCAUUCACUGGUUGACUCUAUGGAGUUCCGUCUCUUUGACUUUGCACAGUUGCGUGCUAAGAUAGCACUCGAAAACGGCAAACCCUCCCUCCGAUCCAAUUCUGAACUAUUUGGGGUAGAAUCGGGGCUCGACCCUUGGCAUGGUACCCUCUGCGGCAGUCCAUAUAUGAUAAAUGGGCAAGCGGAGCCUGCUGAGCCGGCGCCUCCGAGUCGGGGUACACAAGAUCCAACCGUGGUCCUGGAGCACCCGCGAGCGAAGGAACUUGCGAAAAGCAUCAUACCUCGACAGCUGCCGUUGUAUAUCCAAUCUCAUAACGCGAUCGCGGAAUAG